UCCCUCUUUCUCUACCCUCACAUUUUUACUCAGAAUCCCAUCUGAAACCCUAGAAAGUACAAAAUAUAAAUUGCAGUUUCAUAUUCAUAAUCGAUUCGGGCACGGAUUAUCAUCGCCGACGCCCCAAUUCCCCAUCUGAUUUGUGAAAUUUCGGCCCAGAACCCUAGAUUUAUCUCCUCAUCAACGAAUUCGAUAGUUGAGAUGGACGAUAGCUGCGCGGUUUGUGCGGAAAGCUUGGAGUGGGUUGCAUACGGUUCUUGUGGCCACAAGGACGUUUGCUCCACCUGCGUCGCUCGCCUCCGAUUUAUCUGCAAUGACCGCAGCUGCUGCAUUUGCAAGACCGAUAACGAUGUCGUUUUCGUCACCAAGGCUUUGGGGAACUAUACAAAGACAAUCGGCGACUUCACGUUGUUUCCCGCCGAAAGGAGGGAGGGUAAGAUGGGACAGUACUGGUACCAUGAUGAUACACAGGCCUUUUUCGAUGAUUCAGACCAUUACAAGAUGAUCAAGGCCAUGUGCAGGCUUUCUUGUAGUGAAUGUGAUAAGGAGGACCAGCUGGAUGAUGGUUCCAGGAGAAGAGCCAAGUUUAGGAACAUCGAUCAACUGAAGGGUCAUUUGUUUCACAAGCAUAGGCUGAUUAUGUGCAGCUUGUGCUUGGAGGGAAGAAAGGUUUUUGUUUGUGAGCAAAAGUUGUAUACAAGAUCGCAACUGAGUCAGCAUAUAAGCACUGGUGACUCAGCGGUGGAUGGAACUGAAAGUGAAAGAGGUGGCUUCUCAGGACACCCCCCUUGUGAAUUUUGCCAGACACCAUUUUAUGGGGACAAUGAGCUUUAUACUCAUAUGGAGACUGAACAUUAUACUUGUCAUAUAUGUAGAAGGCAGCAUCCAGGAGAGUAUGAGUACUACGGGAAUUAUGAUAAUUUGGAGAUUCACUUUCGUCGAGAUCAUUUCCUCUGUGAGGAUGAAAGUUGCCUUGCCAAAAAGUUCGUUGUCUUCACAUCUGAAUCUGAAAUAAAGAGGCAUAACACUAUAGAGCAUGGAGGGCGUAUGUCCCGUUCACAACGCAGUGCUGCCCUUCAGAUACCUACCAGUUUUCGAUAUAGACGAAGUAGUGAUCAAGAGAAUCGUCGUGGAAGAGCACGUUCCUUUCGGCGCGAUCUUGCGGAUGAACUUUCUAUGGCCAUCCAAGCAAGUCUUGAGACAGCGAGUGCUACACCACCAAAUAGUCGGGCCAGCAAUGAUCACGGAGAAAGUGCUGAUGCUGACUCACUUAUUUCACCUCUGGAAUCUCUAGGUACCACAGACCCUGAGCUACCAUCAAGAUACAGACAGGCUGUGUCUCAAAGUUCAAUCAGUGGAACAUUGGGAGACUCUGCAUUUCCUCCUCUUGCAGCGGGUGCAGGGGUAAACCAACAGAGUUCUCAAACUGAUGCUUCCUCUAACAGAACUAUGGCUGCUCAUUUGCGCCACCAGAGCAAGAAGCAAGCGAGCUCCUCAAGCUCAGGUCCUGCUUGGCCAGCAACUAGUCGUACACCGGUUCUGCCAGUCAAGAGCCGCCAGAAUAAGAAACAGACUAGCUCCUCGAGCUCAGGUCCUGCUUGGCCAGCAGCUAGUCGUACACCUGCACAGCUAGUCAAUACUUCUCAUGCGUGGCCUCCAGUAACUUCAAUAUCCGGAUCAACAUCUAGUUCAGGACAGAGCAGAGCAGUUCCAGAAAUUGUAUCUGUGUCAUCUAGUCAAUCAACUUCAUCUCAGAUUCGCCCACCAUCAGCUGCAACUACGUCCUUUGCCAGUUCUCUGUUAUCAUCAAGUGCUUCUGGAAGCAGUAAUCGGCUAGGUCAUUCUUCAUCAGCCCCUAGUCUUUCAGAUCGUGAGCCUUUUGAUUCAAGUACCGAUUUUCCUCCAGUUUCGGUAGUAGCCCAGUCACGCAAAUCAACCACUGAUGACAAAUCUGUUAGGAUGGAAGGAAAUGUUCAUACAGCAAAUAAAUCGCUGGUGGAGAAAAUGCGUGCUGCUCUAGGAUCUGAUGAAGACAAAUUCUCUGCUUUCAAAGACAUUUCUGGUCAAUACCGCCUAGGCUCAAUGGAUGUCGAGACAUACCUAACAUAUGUAGAUCAGUUUGGUUUGUCUCAUCUUGUCCUUGAGUUGGCUGGACUCCUCCCUAAUCCUCAGAAGCAGAAAGAGCUGACAGAUGCUUACAAUAUUCAUAUGGCUUCAAGAGAAAAUGGAUGGAGUAACGGCACUAGAAAUGUUAACAGCUCCAAAAAGGGCAAGGGCAAAGACAAGUAUGUAGAUUCUGGCAACAGGUCCUCCGUUACGAACAAUCUAGCUGAUAAUGUUAUAAGCACUGUAAGAGCGCUGCAAUCGAGCUACAACGCCCCGGAGGAAGAGGUCGAAGUGUUGUCAAAGGAUGGAUAUCGAAGUGCAAGGGGGAAACCAGCGGCUACAGUUGGUACUUCACCUUCACAAUCAAGUGGACCGGCUGAGUUAACGAAACCUAAAAUUCAGAUGGAGUCCUUAUACGCUAGUGGUGGAACUAAUCAGAUUCCAUCCAAUGGCAGCGGGAAAGGUAAACAACGGAAGAAGACAUCCAAGUUUAUACGGGCCCGUCUUGGCGAUGGCUCUGUCGAAGCUCUAUUGGAUUUAAGAAACUCCGACCAGGAACCAGAUCCAGAUGACGCUGAACCUUCGUCAAAUGUGCCGGUUCGUGGUGUGUGGAGAAGCGGUGGCGGUCAGAAGCUACUGUCGACAAAGUUGGGAGUGAAAAAGUGAGCGUGGAUGGAAGAUUUUAGCCAAGACCAAGAUCAGUUGUAUUGAUUGUAUGUAUUUUGUUGCAUCCAUGAUUUUGGGCCUUUUUGAGCAUCUUCGUAUGUAUACGGGGAAAAGGUUUAUUUUUUUUGCACAAAGCUGUUAUUUUAUAUAGAUUUGAACGUAGUUGUAUUUUUUGCGAGUGUGCUGAGAAGCAGGGAUGCUCAUUCCCAUACACAAUAAAAUAUUGAUCAUCAAAAGAAAUGCUCUUAUACUA